CCCAGGCGCCUCCCCGCCCCCCUCCCCGCGCUCCGCGGCGGCGGCGGCAGCAGUAGCAGCAACAUGGCUGUUGAUGGGUGUUCGGGGUGGCGCUGGCGGCGGGAGGAGCUCCCCCGAGCCCCUGCGCCGGCCGCCCGUUGCUAGCUAUGGCAAACGGUGGCGGCGGCGGCGGCGGCAGCAGCGGCGGCGGCGGCGACGGCGGCGGAGGCAGCGGUCUUAGAAUGAGCAGCAAUAUCCACGCGAACCAUCUCAGCCUAGACGCGUCCUCCUCCUCCUCUUCCUCCUCCUCUUCUUCUUCCUCCUCCUCUUCCUCCUCGUCCUCGGUCCACGAGCCCAAGAUGGAUGCGCUCAUCAUCCCGGUGACCAUGGAGGUGCCGUGCGACAGCCGGGGCCAACGCAUGUGGUGGGCUUUCCUGGCCUCCUCCAUGGUGACUUUCUUCGGGGGCCUCUUCAUCAUUUUGCUCUGGCGAACGCUCAAGUACCUGUGGACCGUUUGCUGCCACUGCGGGGGCAAGACGAAGGAGGCCCAGAAGAUAAAUAAUGGCUCCAGCCAGGCAGAUGGUACUCUCAAGCCAGUGGACGAAAAGGAGGAGGUGGUGGCAGCCGAGGUCGGCUGGAUGACGUCCGUGAAGGACUGGGCAGGUGUGAUGAUAUCUGCCCAGACAUUGACUGGCAGAGUUCUGGUUGUGUUAGUCUUUGCCCUCAGCAUUGGUGCCCUUGUAAUAUACUUCAUAGACUCGUCAAACCCAAUAGAAUCCUGCCAGAAUUUCUACAAAGAUUUCACAUUACAGAUCGACAUGGCUUUCAACGUGUUCUUCCUUCUCUACUUUGGCUUGCGGUUUAUUGCAGCCAACGAUAAGCUCUGGUUCUGGCUGGAAGUGAAUUCUGUAGUAGAUUUCUUCACAGUCCCUCCCGUGUUUGUGUCUGUGUACUUAAACAGAAGUUGGCUUGGCCUGAGAUUUUUAAGAGCUCUCAGACUGAUACAGUUUUCAGAAAUUUUGCAGUUUCUGAAUAUCCUUAAGACAAGCAACUCCAUCAAGCUGGUGAAUCUGCUCUCCAUAUUUAUCAGCACUUGGCUGACUGCAGCCGGGUUCAUCCACUUGGUGGAGAAUUCAGGGGACCCAUGGGAAAAUUUUCAAAACAACCAGGCGCUUACGUACUGGGAAUGUGUCUACUUACUAAUGGUCACAAUGUCUACAGUGGGCUACGGGGAUGUUUAUGCAAAAACGACGCUUGGACGCCUCUUCAUGGUCUUCUUCAUUCUCGGGGGACUGGCCAUGUUUGCCAGCUACGUCCCUGAAAUCAUAGAGUUAAUAGGAAACCGCAAGAAAUACGGGGGCUCCUAUAGCGCGGUUAGUGGAAGAAAGCACAUUGUAGUCUGUGGCCACAUCACUCUGGAGAGUGUCUCUAACUUCCUGAAGGACUUUCUGCACAAGGACCGGGAUGACGUCAACGUGGAGAUUGUCUUUCUUCACAACAUCUCCCCCAACCUUGAACUUGAGGCUCUGUUCAAACGACAUUUUACUCAGGUGGAAUUUUAUCAGGGUUCUGUACUCAAUCCACAUGAUCUUGCCAGAGUCAAGAUAGAGUCAGCAGACGCGUGUCUGAUCCUUGCCAAUAAGUACUGCGCUGACCCGGAUGCAGAAGAUGCCUCCAAUAUCAUGAGAGUGAUCUCCAUAAAGAACUACCACCCGAAAAUCAGGAUCAUAACUCAGAUGCUGCAGUAUCAUAACAAGGCCCAUCUGCUCAACAUCCCCAGCUGGAAUUGGAAAGAGGGCGAUGACGCAAUAUGCCUCGCAGAGCUCAAGUUGGGUUUCAUAGCCCAGAGCUGUCUGGCUCAAGGCCUCUCCACAAUGCUUGCCAACCUCUUCUCUAUGAGGUCAUUCAUAAAGAUUGAGGAAGAUACGUGGCAGAAAUACUACUUGGAAGGAGUCUCCAAUGAGAUGUACACAGAAUAUCUCUCCAGUGCCUUCGUGGGUCUGUCCUUCCCUACUGUUUGUGAGCUGUGCUUUGUGAAGCUCAAACUCCUGAUGAUAGCCAUUGAGUACAAGUCUGCCAACCGGGAGAGCCGAAUAUUAAUUAACCCUGGGAACCACCUUAAGAUCCAAGAAGGCACUUUAGGAUUCUUCAUCGCGAGUGACGCCAAGGAGGUUAAAAGGGCAUUUUUUUACUGCAAAGCCUGUCAUGAUGACGUCACAGAUCCCAAAAGAAUUAAAAAAUGUGGCUGCAGGCGGCCCAAGAUGUCCAUCUACAAGAGAAUGAGACGAGCAUGUUGUUUUGAUUGCGGACGUUCUGAGCGUGACUGCUCGUGCAUGUCAGGCCGUGUGCGUGGUAACGUGGACACCCUUGAGAGAGCCUUCCCGCUUUCUUCUGUCUCUGUUAAUGAUUGCUCCGCCAGUUUCCGUGCCUUUGAAGAUGAGCAGCCGCCAACGCUGUCACCCAAAAAAAAACAACGUAAUGGGGGUAUGAGGAACUCACCCAACUCCUCCCCGAAGCUGAUGAGGCAUGACCCCUUGUUAAUUCCUGGCAAUGACCAGAUUGACAACAUGGAUUCCAACGUGAAAAAGUACGACUCUACUGGAAUGUUUCAUUGGUGUGCACCCAAGGAGAUUGAAAAAGUCAUCCUGACACGAAGUGAAGCUGCCAUGACUGUCUUGAGUGGCCAUGUUGUAGUCUGCAUCUUUGGGGAUGUCAGUUCAGCCCUGAUUGGCCUCCGGAACCUGGUGAUGCCACUCCGUGCUAGCAAUUUUCACUACCAUGAGCUCAAACACAUUGUGUUUGUGGGCUCCAUCGAGUACCUCAAGCGAGAGUGGGAAACACUGCACAACUUCCCCAAGGUGUCCAUAUUGCCUGGUACACCAUUAAGUCGGGCUGAUUUAAGGGCUGUCAACAUCAACCUCUGUGACAUGUGCGUUAUCCUGUCAGCCAAUCAGAAUAAUAUUGAUGAUACUUCGCUUCAGGACAAGGAAUGCAUCUUGGCGUCACUCAACAUCAAAUCUAUGCAGUUUGAUGACAGCAUCGGGGUCUUGCAGGCUAAUUCCCAAGGAUUCACACCUCCUGGAAUGGACAGAUCAUCUCCAGACAACAGCCCAGUGCAUGGGAUGCUACGCCAGCCAUCCAUCACAACGGGGGUCAACAUCCCCAUCAUCACAGAACUCGUGAACGAUACUAAUGUUCAGUUUUUGGACCAAGACGACGACGAUGACCCUGACACAGAGCUGUACCUCACGCAGCCCUUUGCAUGUGGGACAGCAUUUGCCGUCAGCGUCCUGGACUCACUCAUGAGUGCGACAUACUUCAAUGACAACAUCCUCACCCUCAUACGGACCCUGGUGACAGGAGGAGCCACACCAGAGCUUGAGGCUCUGAUUGCUGAAGAGAAUGCACUUCGAGGGGGCUACAGCACUCCCCAGACGCUAGCCAACAGGGACCGUUGCCGAGUGGCUCAGUUAGCCCUGUUGGAUGGGCCCUUUGCAGACUUAGGGGAUGGUGGUUGUUAUGGAGAUCUGUUCUGCAAAGCUCUGAAAACAUAUAAUAUGCUUUGUUUUGGAAUUUACCGGCUGAGAGAUGCCCACCUCAGCACCCCCAGUCAGUGCACCAAAAGGUAUGUCAUCACCAAUCCCCCCUACGAGUUUGAGCUCGUCCCGACAGACCUCAUCUUCUGCCUGAUGCAGUUUGACCACAACGCUGGCCAGUCCCGGGCCAGCCUGUCCCAUUCCUCACACUCCUCACAGUCCUCCAGUAAGAAGAGCUCCUCUGUCCACUCCAUCCCGUCCACAGCGAAUCGGCCGAACCGGCCCAAGUCCAGGGAAUCUCGCGACAAACAGAAGUACGUUCAGGAAGAGCGGCUUUGAUAUGUGUAUCCACCGGCACCAUGCGUGAAACUGUAUCUGCUACUCAUUUCCCCAGUUGGUACUCCAACAGAGUAACUUCCCUGUUCCCUUAGUAGCCCCUCUUUUUUCUUUCCUUUCUUUUUCUUUCUUUCUUUCUUUUUUUUUACACAUUUUGCAUAUGUAUGAUAGUGUGCAUGUGGUUGUCAUUUUUAUUUCACCACCAUAAAACCCUUGAACACAACAGCAAAUAAGUGGAUGGACCAAAAGUUAUUUGUGAUUCUAGGGGGGAGAUAACCCAAAGGCAUCCUCCAGCUGUAAAUAGCUCACUAAGGGAAUGAGGUCACAGGUUAGGAGGCAGCACCUGUGAUCUGUGUCAGUUAGGCAAAGCAGGUUUUUUUUUUUUUUCUCCCGAUUUAUCAGGGUCAUCAGAAUGCUUUGAGCUUUGGGUUUUUUUGUUUGUUUGUUUGUUUGUUUUUGUUAUCUCUUUUUUCUCUCUCUUUUUAUACACACACUAUAAGUUAGCUUACGAUCAUUUGAAACAAGCAACCAAAAGCAAUGAAAUUGCAUUGAUCGUUUCCACUCUGGACUGAAGUAUGGUAAACAUUUGAAAAGCUUUCAAAGUGUGCACCGAAGAUGAUGAAGUAUCUGCUUGUUGUGAGAGAACAUCAGAUUUUUUUUACUUAUUCACCUAAACCUUUGUGUCUCCAAGCUAGCUUCUUCCAGGAGUUCAAGCGGAUGUUUCUAACUUUAAUGCGGAGAGAGAGAAACAGGUUUCUACUCCUGGAUGUAUCAAAUCCUAGCCAUUUCAUUUACCUGAAAAAAAGUUUGGUUGCAUAUUAAAUUCUUCUUCUGUCUCCUUAUGCUGCCAUAGGGAUAGCAAGUUUUUUUCUUUCACUGUUGACAUUUGGGAUGAAAAGCCAUAUGUAUCAUAAAUAUCAGAUGUAAGUCAUUAAGAACUGCCUUCCUGGGACUUUUACCUCUUUUAAAAGGUGAAUCACUUACCUUAUGUACAGAAUAAAUAAUGCUCAGAAAAGAGCAGGUAUUUUUCCAUGCAUUCUCAGGGGACCUUUUUACUCCCCUUUGUUUGACUAACGAGGGCCCCAAUGCCAGGUAGAAUUCAGGCUGGGGCACUGGUGGAAUGAGAGGGAGAAAGACUCAGUGGCAGAUAAUGUUUUUUGUAGGAGUUAGAUAAGCCAGGAUGUAGAAGGAUGGAGCCACAGUUGGUUGACUCAACAAAGACAAAAACUAGUGACCACAUUUAAAUUGCUGGCAUAUUGUGUGAUGCUCUGUCACAUAGCAGAAGGCUGGCAGGAAAAGUUGAGCAUAGAUAAGCCAAUUCUUAUGGAUAGGUGAGUGAUGGGGAGGGAGCUUCUCCCUGUCAUUUCAAGAUGGGAAGGAAAGGAUCACAACAGUAGGCCAAGCACAUUUCAGUGGAGUUUUUUUCUUUUGUUUUAUUUCUUUAUUUCCUUUUUAAAACUAUUAGUCAAAAAGGGAGGGUAGACUGAUCCAUUUUCCCCAAUAUGCAAUUAUCACAUGUUUUAUGCAUGAAAAUUAUGUUUUAGGAACAUAGGAGUUCUGAGUAAUUGGCCAACUUUACCAUAACCAAAUUCUGGUCUGGGUAGACUAGCCUUGAACACAUAUGAACCUAUUUGAAACUUUUACUUAGAAAUCCAUGGAUAGAAUAGAGGGCAGAAAGGAGGGGGAAAAUUCGUCAGAGCUGUAGCAUCUCUUUUAAAAAGGUGUUUUUAUGGUGACUGUUUGGGAUUUAUAUUUUGGAUCCCCUGUCCCCUCCAGCAUGAUGGUUUUGGAGAUUUGCUUGCUGUGUGAUUGACAAGCACUUUUACUGACAGAAAUGGUGAGGCUUGGUCAGAACCUCCACCUCCUCCUACACCAAAGACAGGGCCAGGGUAGUGCCCCAACCAGCAGUGGGUGGGAGUCAAUGUAUACGUGUAAAUUCAAAAGUCCUGUGAGUGCAAGUAUUUUUUUCAAAUUAUUUUGUCCUUGUGCAUUUUGAUUUAUAUAUGACAUAUAUCACUCUCUUUAUAUAUAUAACUAUAUAUAUAUAAAAGACUAUAUAUAUAACUAUAUAUACAUAUCCCUUAGUUUUGGAUCAUGAGAGAUCUUCAUGCAUUCUUUGCAAAGGAGGUUAUGAAAUUAUGCCCUCAGAACAUUUAUAACUAUAAGAAUGUGCCAGUUAAAGUGCUCAACAGGAAAUAUGACAGUUUAAAAGCAUUGUAAAACUCACAUAGCUUACUUCUCUCUCUAAAGUGCAACAAGGAUGACUAGAAUGGGCCAAGGUAUGACAAUUAAUGGUUCCUGCAUGACCUAGCCACUGCUGGGGGUUUCCUUCUAUAACGUUGUCCUUGUGAAACUUUUGUGGAAUUAAAAAAAAGGAGUUACAAAUUUUA